CAACGUCGGGGGUAUCUCUAUGUUCUAUGCCAGCAUAUUUUUGGGAGAUUAGAGCAGCUCAAGUGAUCGAAGGAAAGAUCACCACGUAUUUAUCACCCCUUUACUUGAUCUUGACUGUCGGCAACUUUGUUAUUCCCUUUAAGUCCUUAUCUAAUGCUGUUGAACAAUCCGUUCAAAAGCACAAAUGGCAGUCCCACUUUCUUUUGCAAGUUCCAUUAUACCUUCGUUUUAACUAAUUCUCCCGCCAUUUUAUAAAGGGACCCCUAUUUUUUGUUUAUGUUUACCUUAACACUUCCCUCCAAAAAAGUGUACGAGUUUUGCAGUCUUUUGUUGACUGUUUCACUCAACUCAUAGUAUUAACCCAAACUUGAGUUGUUGAAAGGCGCCCACUAGUUUUGUAUUUAAUCCAAUUAUCUUGGCCUGACUUUAUUAGAAAUGAAAAUACUCUUCAAUAUUUUUCUUGUGGGAACCACAGACUACUUUUCGAAAUAUCAAUCCAGCUCUAGCCCUUCCCCUGGUUAAUUCUCAAUCGAUCUACUCAGUCCCUGACCUGUAAAUGCGAAUAAGAUAAAGUUAAAUGUGUACUUUCAGCAUUACCAAACUACAAACUCUAUUUGCUAUUAUUUUAACUAUUGAAUUAACAAUUUACAAUGCUACAUUAAAUUUUUGCUUUAUUGUAUUUUUUGAAACAUAAACCAAAAAAAAAAUUACCAAAUCAAACCACUCUUCAUACCAACUGACAAAAACUGUAUAAAACCAAAAAAAAAAAAACGAAUCCCAAAAUCAAUUUGUUUGAAACGCUUGUCGACUUGAAUACGAACUCGCGAAAUGCGAAUAUGAAUGUGAACAUACCUUUGUGUGCCCAAUGACCAAACUGAUCUGAUUCGAACGCAUCCACCGCACCGCCAACCAACCAAAUGAAACGACACCCACCUGUAGGCCCUGAUGAACCAGAAGACGAAGCAGAUCGAGGAGGCCAUCGCGGCGGCGCAGACGACGCAGCAGGAGCAGAUGGCCGGCGAGCAGGGCAUUGUGCUGAGGGACUUCGAUGGCGUGCUGCAGCCGAUCAUCGAAUCCUGCACCAAGGACAGCAUCUCUGCAGGGCUUUGGUCAAUGGUUCAACGUUUCAGCAAAAAUUGCAUCUUAUAUAUUUAGUUAAUGAUAUACUGCACCACUGCAUGCGCAAGAACAUCAAUGACUUGAAGAACAGCCUCGAGAACGUCGUCAUUCCGAUGUUCUGCAGCGCCGACUUGAUUGCCAGCAACGAUCAGCGCCAAAAGCUGGCCAAGCUGCUGUCGCUGUGGGAGUCCAAGGCCAAGUUCUUCGAUGCCUGCGUCAUCUCGAAGCUGCAGUCACCGGACUCGUCGAUGCAGGAGUACAAAACCAAUCUGCAGAACAUGUAUCAUGACAUAGCCGCCAAGUUCACACAGCAAACGAAGGCCACACUAGAUAACUACCAAAAACAGCAUCAGAUAUUUAUCCAGCAUGCCAGCCAGCAAAUUGGCCAGCUCGAGAAGCAGGCGCAGCAUCUGGAGCAGCAGAUAAUGGUGGCUCAGAAGACGCAGCACCAACAGCCGCAGCACAUGCUGCAACAUCAAGGCCCUGGCGGCCCGCAGCAGAAGAAUAUACCAUCGCUAAUGUCCCACCGGAUAGCUAUGCCCGGUGACCGUGAGCACAUGAACAACCAGGGGCCGCAUGAUCAGCAGCAUCCUCAGGCGGGCAACAAUAUGUAUCCAGGUGGUAACUACCAUCAGCAGCAGCAGCAGCCUCCGGGGAAUCCCUUUGCGGAUCCACGGGGACCGAACUUCUUCAUUCCGGACAUGUCAAAACCACCGCCAGGCUUUGCCGGGCCCAUGCAUCAUCACAACCAGGGACCACCAAUGGGCGUCCAUCAGCAGCAGCAGCAGCAACAUCAACCGCCUGGACAGUAUCCUCCGAUGCAGGGGCAGGGCGGCGGCAAUGAACCACCUGUUGACCUGGGCGUUCUCAGUGCAGCCAUUCAGGCCUGCUUGCAGAUGCAGCAGCAACACCAUCCCGACGUCCCACAGCAGCAGGGUCAGCAGCAGCACCAACUUCAGCAGCAGCAUCAGCAACAGCACCAGCAACAGCAACAGCAACAGCACCAGCAGCAGCAACAACCAAUGGCGGCCUAUCCCCAGAAUCUGGUCAGACCCGGGCAGCCAGCCAGCGUAGAUCAGGACCUGGACCUGGAUGUGCUCAAUGCGGCCAUUCGAGCGGUUAUAACAAAUAAACCCGAAGACGGUCCACCGGAAGAUGGUCAGCAGCCGCAGCAGUCCGGCGAGGGAGAAUCUGGAGAAGCGGUUGCGAUCGGAGAGCCGCAAAUACCUACAGCGCCUUACUACGACUUGCCUGCGGGACUAAUGGUGCCGCUUAUUCGCCUGGAGGACUACAACUACAAGUCCCUCGAUCCGGCGGACAUACGACUGCCAGCUCCCGCGCCACAAAGCGAGCGACUGACGAAUGCAUUGAAUGCCUUCUACUCCGCGCCCUCCCACGACCGUCCCAGGGAUACUGAGGGCUGGGAGAAGCUUGGUCUCUAUGAGUACUACAAGGUGAAGAAUGCGGCGCGAAAGCAAAAGGAGGAAGAAAUCAAGGAGGGCAUUCGGGAAAAGUCGCGCUCGCCCAGUCCCAUCGUGCUCGAGAAACCUCCACCAAAGAAGAGCAACAAACGUGUUUAUCGAUCCAAGAGUCGCAGUCGCUCCCGCUCACACACGCCGCCCCAUCGAAACCGAUCGCGCACACGUUCGAGAUCCCGGUCGCGAUCCGUGGAGCGCUCCACGACGCCGCCACCGACGAACCGCAGCAGGGCGGGCGGCGGAGGAGGCGGUGGCAGCAGUCGCAAGGGACGCAACCGAUCGCCGCGCCACGAUCGGGACAACAACAGCAGUAACAAUCGCGAGAACCGCGUAGAGCGCAGCAAUUCCAAUAGCAGCAACAACGGCAACAGCACCAACCUAAGACGCGUGGAGCGCGACAGAUCUCCAACCCCUCCGAGCUUUUUGGGAAGCACCUUCGCCAAGCCUCAGGAGUUCAUCGAGGAAUCAAACAAGGGCCACCAAAUGCUCAUGAAAAUGGGCUGGGCGGGCACUGGCACAGGACUGGGCUCAAAGAACCAGGGCAUAGAUACGCCGAUUUCGGGCGGUGAGGUGCGCGAUCGUCGCGAAAUGUACAAGGGCGUGGGUGCCAAUAUGCAUGAUCCCUUCGAGAGCUUCCGCAAGAACAAGGGCGCAGCCUUCGCACAUCGAAUGCGUUCGCGAGACGACAAGAGUUAGGAUCUGCCGCAGGCCAAUAACUCAAAAGUUUUUGUUUCCUUUUAGCCGAGAAAAUAUACAUUUUUAUAAAAGCAAA